CCAGAAUUCCCAAAUUUCCUCCAGGAGCGGAAUGCAGAGAACGCCAUCGAGGCUCUGAAGGAAUACGAGCCCGAGAUGGGCAAAGUUUACCGCAGUGACCGCAAGGCCGUGCAGAGGAUCAAGGCCCGGGACCUGGUGCCGGGGGACAUCGCUGAGGUGGCAGUUGGGGACAAGGUCCCGGCCGACAUCCGGAUCAUCUCCAUCAAAUCCACCACGCUGCGGGUGGACCAGUCCAUCCUUACUGGGGAGUCGGUGUCGGUGAUCAAGCACACGGAGCCGGUGCCCGACCCCCGGGCGGUCAACCAGGACAAGAAGAACAUGCUCUUCUCGGGCACCAACAUCGGCGCCGGCAAAGCCGUGGGCAUCGUGGUGGCCACCGGCGUCAACACCGAGAUCGGCAAAAUCCGCGACGAGAUGGCGGCCACCGAGCAGGACAAGACCCCCCUGCAGCAGAAGCUGGACGAGUUCGGGGAGCAGCUGUCCAAGGUCAUCUCCUUGAUCUGCGUGGCCGUCUGGGCCAUCAACAUCGGCCACUUCAACGACCCCGUCCACGGCGGCUCCUGGAUCCGUGGGGCCAUCUACUACUUCAAGAUCGCCGUGGCGCUGGCGGUGGCGGCCAUUCCUGAGGGUCUCCCCGCCGUCAUCACCACCUGCCUGGCCCUGGGCACUCGGCGCAUGGCCAAGAAGAACGCGAUUGUCCGCAGCCUGCCCUCGGUGGAGACCUUGGGCUGCACCUCGGUCAUCUGCUCCGACAAGACCGGGACCUUGACCACCAACCAGAUGUCCGUCUGCAAGAUGUUCAUCAUGGACAAGGUGGAGGGCGACGUCUGCUCCCUCAACGAGUUCUCCAUCACCGGCUCCACCUACGCCCCAGAAGGAGAAGUGUUGAAGCAGGACAGGCCGGUCAAGGCUGGUCAAUACGAUGGUCUGGUGGAGCUGGCCACCAUCUGCGCCCUCUGCAACGACUCCUCGCUGGACUACAACGAGUCCAAAGGUGUCUACGAGAAGGUCGGGGAGGCCACCGAGACGGCCUUGACCUGCCUGGUGGAGAAGAUGAACGUCUUCAACACCGACGUCAGGAGCCUCUCCAAGGUGGAACGCGCCAACGCCUGCAACGCCGUGAUCAAGCAGCUGAUGAAGAAGGAGUUCACGCUGGAGUUCUCCAGGGACAGGAAGUCCAUGUCGGUCUUCUGCUCCCCGGCCAAGGCCUCCAGAGCGGCCGUGGGCAACAAGAUGUUCGUCAAGGGUGCCCCCGAGGGCGUCAUCGACCGCUGCAACUACGUCCGUGUGGGGACCACCAGGGUUCCUCUGACCCCGGCGGUGAAGGAGAAGAUCCAGAGCGUCAUCAAGGAGUGGGGGACGGGCAGGGACACCUUGCGCUGCCUGGCCUUGGCCACCAGGGACACCCCACCCAAGAAGGAGGAGAUGGUCCUGGAGGACUCCUCCAAGUUCUCCGAGUAUGAGACCGACCUGACCUUCGUGGGCUGCGUGGGGAUGUUGGACCCACCACGCAAGGAGGUCAUGGGCUCCAUCCGCCUGUGCCGCGACGCCGGCAUCCGCGUCAUCAUGAUCACCGGGGACAACAAGGGCACGGCCAUCGCCAUCUGCCGCCGCAUCGGCAUCUUCGGUGAAGAUGAGGAGGUCACCGGCCGCGCCUACACCGGCCGCGAGUUCGAUGACCUCCCGUUGUCCGAGCAGCGAGAAGCUUGCAGGAGAGCCUGCUGCUUCGCCCGGGUGGAGCCCACCCACAAGUCCAAGAUCGUGGAGUUCCUGCAGUCCUUCGACGAGAUCACGGCCAUGACCGGCGACGGCGUCAACGACGCGCCGGCGCUGAAGAAGGCGGAGAUCGGCAUCGCCAUGGGCUCGGGGACCGCGGUGGCCAAGACGGCCUCGGAGAUGGUCCUGGCCGAUGACAACUUCUCCACCAUCGUGGCGGCGGUGGAGGAGGGCAGGGCCAUCUACAACAACAUGAAGCAGUUCAUCCGUUACCUCAUCUCCUCCAACGUGGGCGAGGUGGUCUGCAUUUUCCUGACGGCCGCCCUGGGCCUUCCCGAGGCUCUGAUCCCGGUGCAGCUGCUCUGGGUCAACCUGGUCACCGAUGGUCUCCCGGCCACCGCCCUGGGCUUCAACCCCCCGGACCUGGACAUCAUGGACAAGCCACCGCGCAGCCCCAAGGAGCCGCUGAUCUCGGGGUGGCUCUUCUUCCGCUACCUGGCCAUCGGUGGUUACGUCGGGGCCGCCACGGUGGGAGCGGCCGCCUGGUGGUUCCUCUUCGCCGAGGAUGGACCCAACGUCAGCUACCACCAGCUGACCCAUUUCAUGCAGUGCUCCGAGCACAACGUGGAGUUCGAGGGCCUGGACUGUGACAUCUUCGAGUCCCCGGUGCCGAUGACGAUGGCGCUGUCGGUGCUGGUGACCAUCGAGAUGUGCAACGCCCUCAACAGCCUGUCGGAGAACCAGUCGCUGGCCCGGAUGCCACCAUGGGUGAACAUCUGGCUGAUGGGCUCCAUCUGCCUGUCCAUGUCCCUGCACUUCGUCAUCCUCUACAUCGACCCCCUGCCCAUGAUCUUCAAGCUGACGCCGCUGACGCUGACCCAUUGGCUGAUGGUCAUCAAGAUCUCCUUCCCGGUCAUUCUUCUGGACGAGGCCCUCAAGUUCAUCGCCAGGAACUACCUGGAGGCGUGACCCCGCCCGGCCCCGGCACCGCCUACAGUGGACGAGGCCACCCGGAAGCACCGGAAGUGACGCGGGGGAGGGGUCGGACCCGCCCCCUCCCCCACCACCCCCCAGGACAAUCCCGCCCCUCCCCCCAACCCCCCCCCUCCCCCCCCUUUCAUCUCCC